AUCAUGUCUCCAUUGGAGGGCUUGGUGAUAGCUUUUAUGAGUACUUGCUCAAGGCAUGGCUGAUGUCAGACAAGACAGAUGAAGAAGGCAAGAAAAUGUAUUAUGAUGCUGUUCAGGCCAUAGAGACCCACCUCAUUCGAAAAUCAAGCGGGGGGCUGACAUACAUCGCUGAGUGGAAGGGUGGACUGCUUGAACACAAGAUGGGACACCUCACUUGCUUUGCUGGAGGCAUGUUUGCUCUGGGAGCAGACGGAGCACCCGUGGACAAGACGGGCCACCACAUCGAGCUCGGUGCAGAAAUUGCUAGGACCUGCCACGAGUCCUAUGAUCGUACCAGCAUGAAACUGGGACCAGAAGCCUUCAGAUUUGAUGGUGGUGUUGAGGCCAUUGCUACAAGACAGAAUGAAAAAUACUACAUCCUACGACCAGAAGUCAUAGAGACCUACAUGUACAUGUGGCGGCUCACACAUGACCCCAAGUACAGGCAGUGGGGAUGGGAAGCUGUAGAGGCACUGGAAAAACACUGCAGAGUUGAUGGUGGCUAUUCUGGCAUUAGAGAUGUUUAUAACAAUCACGAAAGCCAUGACGAUGUGCAGCAAAGUUUCUUCCUUUCAGAGACACUCAAGUACUUGUAUUUGCUCUUUUCUGAAGAUGAUCUACUUCCAUUUGAACACUGGGUCUUCAACACAGAGGCUCAUCCUCUCCCUAUUCUUCAGAAAGAAGAUGGGAAUAAAGAAGAAAACCAGAAAUAGAUGAAGUUAUACUUUGUUUCAUUCCUUAGGUUUCUUUCCAGGAAUUGGGCACAUGAUUUGGUUUUAAAUUCCUAAGUGAAAUUUUUAAAUCAAGUGUUUUGCAGUCUGUUUGCUUUAACAGUCAAUAUUUAUGAAUGGACCCUAACUGACUGUGAUAAAACUUCAUUCCUCCAAUCCAGCUGAACCACCUCUUAGAAGAGAAACAGGGAAUCUCUCCAGAUUUCAUUAGGCUGCAGUGUCAUCUUGGCCAAAAAGAACAGAGGGUAUGCAUGUUAUUUGUUUCCUGUUAUGCUUUUUAAUUUGACUGCAAAAUUCUUUUCUCCUCUGUGAGGAGAUGUCUGCUUUAAGCUGUAAUAUUUUGCCAUGUUGCAAAAAGCCAUAAUGAAGUAUAAAGAGCUUUUUUUU